GUACAAAAGUUCACAUGAUCGGCUAGCUUCCCUAUAAACUGCAGCUGAAAUGCUUUGGACCAACAAAAUGUUGCUGUACGUUGUGUUUCUGUCGGUUCUGCUGGUGGUGAGUGGCCACGAUGUGUGUCCCUGUGAGAGGCCGGAGCUUUGUCAGCCUAUUCGGGGGGAGAGAGAGUUCGAGGUGUUUGUAUUUGAUGUUGGAGGGAAGACAUGGAAAUCCUACAACUGGAGCAUGGUGACAACAGUGGCAGCCUUUGGGAAGUAUGACACUGACCUCAUGUGUUUUGCUCACUCCAAAGGAGCACGAGUUGUCCUCAAAGGUGACAUUCAUGUUCCCUACAUGGUGGACCAGGCCAACAGAACCGCGUGGAUCAAAGAACAGGUCAGAUUGGCAAAGAAGCAGUUUAUGGAUGGGAUUAACAUCGACAUUGAGCAAGCUGUUGCAGACGGCUCACCUGAGUACUACGCUCUGACAGCUCUGGUCAAUGAGACAACAGAGGCCUUCCACAAGGAAAUCCCAGGUUCUCAGGUUUCAUUUGAUGUUGCCUGGUCACCAAAUUGUAUCGACAAACGCUGUUACGAUUACGUCAGCAUCGCCAAAUCCUGUGACCUGCUGUUUGUGAUGUCCUACGAUGAGCAGAGUCAGAUCACUGGCGAUUGCAUCGCGAUGGCAAACGCUCCUCUCAAUCAAACUCUUAAAGCCUACGACGACUAUUUGGAUCUGAAGAUCAGUUCGAUGAAGUUGGUGAUGGGGGUGCCUUGGUAUGGCUAUGACUAUCCAUGUGUUAAUCUUUCUCAGGAAGGUACAUGCUACAUACCCAAAGUCCCUUUCCGUGGAGCUCCGUGCAGCGAUGCUGCGGGAACACAGAAACCUUACAAGUGGAUCAUGAAGCAGCUCAGCAGCCCAACAUCGUCCGGCAGACUGUGGGACGAUGUGCAGAAAGCUCCAUACUUCUAUUAUAAGGAUGAGACGGGACAGACCCAUCAGGUCUGGUACGAUGACCCACAAAGUCUUGUUCCCAAAGCAGACUACGUAAUGGCUAAAGGCCUAAGGGGCAUCGGCAUGUGGAACGGCAACAUUUUGGACUACAGUGACGACCCUGUAGCCAGGCAGCAGACCACACUGAUGUGGAAUGCCCUGUUAGGAUCCAAGAUGGGAUGAACUGAAUGCUGCUGCGGUCAUUUUUACUGAGCACACUCCUGAAUAGACUCAUUUUGUAGAGGCAACAGGGCGUGGUGUCUCCUCCUGAUCAGGGGUGCUGAUUUGCACAUAAACUUGAGUUUUAUCUGUAAUGACGUGAAUUGCUAACAAACACAAUCAUUUUAGAUUUAUUUGCACUGAUUUAAGAAAAAAAAAA